GCGCUCAGCGGCGGCCGGGCCCGGGCCCGCCCAGGGGCGCUGAGGGGGCCCGGCGGCCCGGGGCCGCCGUUGCUAGGGCACGGCGGCGCUGUUGCUAGGGCCGCCAUAGAGCUCCGGAAGUGCUGUGGGCCUAGAGCGGCACCCGGAAGCGGCCGCUCUGACCCCGCUCGGCGCGAGGAGGCUGCGGCAUAAUGGCGGGCCGCGCGCGGGGCGGGGGGCGGCCGGGCUGCGGCCCCUGAGGCGGCUGCCGCCAUGUACUCGGCUGCCGCCGCCUCGCCGCCCAGGCGGGACUUCAUCUCCGUCACCCUCAGCCCGGAGGAGGCGGUGGGGGUCGGAGGCUACAACAACAGCAAGGCCUGGAGGCGGCGCUCCUGCUGGCGGAAAUGGAAGCAGCUGUCUCGACUGCAGCGGAGUAUAAUUCUCUUCCUGUUUGCCUUCUUGGCAGUCUGUGGAGUCAUUUCAUUUACCAGCAUGGGGGAACCAUGGAAAAGUUUAACAAACAAAUCAUUGGAUGAGCAGAGAACAGAACCAGAAAUACCUGGAUUAAAGCUGGUGAAUCCAGCUGUUCUGCCAGCGCCACAGAAAGCAGACACCAACGUUGGAGACUACCCCGAACGUUCACCUCAGAAGCAGCCAAAAUUGCCUCACGUUCGGCGUAGUCCUUCCAAUCUUCAGAUCAAACCACCACGGAGGGAUGUGAGGCUGAAGAUGCGACAUGUAACCAGCAAGAUUGUAGAAGAGCCGAUCCAGGCUGAUAAAGAAGAGAAAACAGAGAAAUCUGUUAUCAGCUGGAGAGGAGCAGUGAUAGAACCUGACCAAAGCACUGAGCCUCCCUCUAGUAAAAUAAAGGAGCCAGAAAAACCUUCAUCUUUGGAAGCCGAAGGCCAGAAGGAACCAGUGCCCAUAAAUGAACGUCAGAUGGCUGUGAUAGAAGCGUUCCGCCAUGCAUGGAAAGGAUACAAGGACUUCGCUUGGGGCCAUGAUGAACUGAAGCCUUUGUCCAAAUCUUACAGUGAGUGGUUUGGACUUGGGCUUACCUUAAUUGAUGCCUUGGAUACUAUGUGGAUUUUAGGCUUAAAAGAAGAGUUUGAAGAAGCAAGAAUAUGGGUAGCGAACGACUUAGUCUUUGAUAAAAAUGUGGAUGUGAACCUCUUUGAGAGCACAAUUCGUAUUCUUGGUGGCUUGCUGAGCACCUACCAUCUCUCUGGAGAUAGCCUCUUCCUGGAAAAAGCUAAAGACAUUGGGAAUAGGCUUAUGCCAGCAUUCAAGACCCCCUCCAAGAUACCCUAUUCUGAUGUCAACAUUGGUCGGGGCACUGCACAUCCACCUCGCUGGACAUCUGACAGCACUGUGGCAGAGGUGACCAGUAUUCAGUUGGAGUUCAGGGAGCUCUCUCGUCUUACUGGAGAUGAGAAAUUCCAGAAAGCUGUAGAUGAGGUGAUGAAGCAUGUUCACACGCUCUCAGGGAAAAAUGAUGGACUGGUGCCUAUGUUCAUAAACACCAAUAGCGGGCAGUUCACUCACUUGGGUGUCUAUACUCUGGGAGCCAGAGCUGACAGCUACUAUGAGUAUUUGCUCAAGCAGUGGAUUCAGGGUGGGAAAAAAGAAAAUGAACUGUUGGAAGACUAUAUGAGAGCCAUAGAAGGUGUGAAAAAGCAUCUUCUUCAGAGAUCACAACCCAAGAAGCUUACCUUUGUAGGAGAGCUUGCUCAUGGCCAUUUCAGUGCCAAGAUGGAUCACUUGGUUUGUUUUUUGCCUGGUACUUUGGCACUGGGAGCUCACAAUGGAUUGACUGCUGAUCAUAUGAAACUGGCCGAAGCCCUGAUAGAAACAUGUUACCAGAUGUAUGAGCAAGUAGAGACGGGCCUGAGUCCAGAGAUUGUGCACUUCAAUCUUCAUGCACAAAAGGGCCACAAAGAUGUGGAAAUCAAGCCUGCAGACAGGCAUAACUUACUGCGACCAGAAACUGUGGAAAGCCUUUUUUAUAUGUACAGAUUCACCGGAGAUAAGAAAUACCAAGACUGGGGCUGGGAAAUCUUGCAGAACUUCAAUAAAUACACACGGGUUCCUACAGGUGGUUAUACUUCCAUUAAUAAUGUUCAGAAUCCCAGUAAUCCAGAGCCACGAGAUAAGAUGGAGAGCUUCUUCCUUGGGGAAACACUCAAGUACAUGUUCCUGCUGUUUUCAGAUGACAUAGACUUAAUCAACCUUGACAAAUUUGUAUUUAACACAGAAGCUCAUCCACUCCCAAUCUGGGUGCCGGCAUAGAUAGGGUGUCAGUAGACAUUCCAGUGGUAUUGUUUUUAUCUUCAAGUCACUUUAAUUUUCAGGGUUUGAGGAGAGAUGCUAUAUUGCACCUUUUUUAGGCUUAAACAAAACCUUUGAGAAAGCAUCUCUGGUUUGGAGAAGUCACGUCAGUCUUAUAUCUAAUCCCUGUGCUUUGGUUCUGUGAUGGACAAUCUGUGCAAUAUUAAGCUGCUUUUCCUGGUACUGAUGAUUAUGAGGUUUAGAGAAUAAUCAUAGUGUGGACCAUGACAUUCAUGGGGCUCUGGUGAACCAGAACUCACUUAUGUCAGUCUUAAUAAAUGCUAAUUAAAUAUCAGGAAUGUAGCAAGAUGUCUUAAAGCACAGGGAUGUCUCUGGAGAGAAGGAAUAAGCCUUCAGAUUUAUUCUGGACAUACUGAAACACUUGGUUAUGGUGCCAUUCCUUCAUAAGAGCAUAUGGUGUUUCAGAUGUUAAGUGGAAUAAACGAUGAACCGUAAUUUCCGAGGUAGAAGUUAAAGCUGUCAGUAUUGUUACUGAUACUCUUGAUCUCAUUCCAAACUACCAGGCUAUGCUGCAUCACCUUAGAAGGAAGUGGCAGCAGAGCAACUGUUGUACAGUGUCUUAGUUUUAUAGAGCACUUUGAACAAUCUGUUCAAGCUGUGGCUGAAAUGAAUGAUGGAACAGAAUUUGCUGCUGAUUUGGCUCAAAGUGGUAUAUAAUUUUGUAGACGUUUUGCAGUUUUUUUAACUUAUCUGCAGGAAUGCAGGAGACAAUGUGAAACAAGUGAAACUACACAUGCAUUAUAUAUAUUAAUUGUAUCAGUUAGACCUCAGGUAUUCUGACUGAAAGCUGCUUUGUGAGGUUGGGCACUGGGAAAGCUUGUGAGCGCAUUAGAUAUAAUUCCAAGUCAACCUCCUUCCAUCCCUUCCUGUCCACAUGUCCACAUCUUGCAUUGUAAGGUGUUUGUUGACUCAACAUGCUUACAACUAUACAGCAAAAUUCAGGUUAUUCAUCAUUGUUUAGACUGUAGAGAAGUUGUCAAUUAUUUUGUUGUUGUUAGGGGUUCCUUGGUAGACGUGUUUUCAUCAGAAGUAUUAAAAACAGACAGUCUAGAUGUAUUAUGAGAAUUCCUGGUUGCAAUAGAAUUACUGAAGAUUUCUCAGUUCUUUGAAAAGAAAGCAGACUCAGGUUUGCUUUGUAUAGAAUCUUAUGGGAGCCUUGGGAUCUUUUGUUUUUAUAUGUGCAAAUAGGUUUUAAACCAUGAACUCGGAAAUCAGCUUUCUGUAGUUUUCUGCCUUUGGCUUUGUAUCUACUUGGACAGUUCCGUAUUCACAGAUCACAGAAAUUUGUAUGUAGUUUUAAAGAGGUUGUUCUCACCAAAAUGUCUUUUCCCCUUUUUAAUUAGUUAAUCGGAGCAGUGGGAAGUAUGCAGGUGUAUCGUAGUGGAAGUGAGGUACAGUAUCCUAUAAAUCUAGGGUUGCAAAACAGAACUAAUCUGAAUCUGAUUGUAAUGGUUAAUUUUCCAGUGGCUUAGGCAUAUGUGUAUUUUACAGCAUUUGUAACCAUUGACUUUUAAAGUAAGGUAUAUCUUUAUUUGUUUUAUGCUGAUUAAGUCUGUUUGCUCGAGUCUGAACUUACUAUAAGUGGUCCACACCACUGAAGUCCUUUAAAGAAUAUUUAUCAUUCCAUUUACUAAUGAUGAAGGAAUUUUAUAAAUUGCACCAUUUUCUGUCAUCAAAAAGACCCUGUGAUUUUUCUAGACAGGACAAUUUUGUGCAGAAUUACAAUGUUCCUCCAGUUCAAAUGCCAGCAGUAACCUUGGAAGUAAGUUUCUCAUGUAUACAAUGUAAUCCAGUAGCCUUAGCCUGCACAACCUAUUUGAUAUUAAGAUUUUCUUUGAUGUAACAGAGAAGAAGGAAAUUGCUGUUGAAAUGGAGGAGGAAACACCUUCAGUUUUUUAGUUUGUGAAGCAGGUUUGUGUUACUUUGGAGCUCAGCUUUGGCUAAAAAAUGGAGGAUUAAAAUGAGGUAAAAGAAAAGGAAAAAAAGAUGAAUUCAGUGUGAGUACACAACCUCUUGUUCUAACUUGUGUUGCUUGGGCCUUGUGCCUUCAAUUGCAGCUAGUAUUGAUCCCGUAAUUGCUGAUUUUGCCAUGCAUCAUACGAAUUCCAGACUUCGGUGUUUCACCUAUAGGAGAAGCCCUGUUGAGGGAAUGAAGAGAAGUCUGAAGAUGUGGAAUAUAUCUAGGUGUUCACCAAAAAUCUGUUGUUGAAGUCUUAUGCUGAUCUUAAUGUAGUUGACGCUACGAAUGAGACUGUGGGAGUCUGUGUUAAAAUUUCCUUUUGUGUCAUGUUUAACAUGAGAGUAAUACUAAUCCAUUGCAGAAUGAGCAAAAGGAAGGAGAGAAGAAUAAACACACACUUUCCCAAACACGUUUUUUGUUUUCUAGCUGAGCUUGUUGGUCCAACUGAUUUCUUCUCUACCUAAUUCUUCCUCGGAAACUGAAUUGUCUUUGCAAAGUGUGAUUUUACUGUACUCAUCCUUCAAGUCUGAAGUUAAGAUUGCUCAGCUCUGUUUAGUAUAGAAAGCAAAUGCUUGUUUGACUCCUUUAUCACAUGUGAAAUGGCACAAACCUGAAUAAUAUGACAAAAGCUCAUCUGCUUCUUCCUGUUCUUUUGCAAAAGUCAUUUUAAUUGCUUAUUUAUUUUUACUUCCUUAAUAUAAUACGUUGUGUCCGAUCAGACUGUGAACUUUGUCCAUCUCACUUCUACUAUAUAUUUUACCUUCCUGCCCUCCCAAAGCCAACAGAAAUUGUGCACUUUUUUUUCUUCCAGGGGCGUGUGGGGGUGUACUCUUGUGGUUCUUUGAACCACGGCCUUAAGUCUGGGGUCUGUAAUUCAUUUUGGUGUUUCAGCAUCCUAGUGUGCUUCUGACGCUUAAGUCAAAUGUUGUGGAAACAUCAUCUUUUCAAGCCAGUGAUUUUGUCCUUUUGCACAAAGAGCUGCCUUGGUUUCUCUCCAAGAGCUUGAGUGCCUUGUCUGAUUUAACUAAAGCAAAAAAAAACAGUUGUACCUAGCUAUACUGUUCAUUUAUGCUUUCACUGAGAAACAAAUGGGUAUGGUCACACCCAUAGAGUACUGCACAAAUGUAGGGGUUGGAAACCUCCCACUCUGGGAUUUAAUCUGUAUGCUCAAAGAAAAUUCAAUAGAUGGAUGGGGAGCACGUUUAGCAUCUAAUCUUUGUUCAACCUUUUUGAGAACUGAAUUCUUGCUACCAGACUGGGAAACUGAGCGUUUUGCAAGGUCCAUGGUAUAAGCUUACAGGGGCCCUUCCAUGUUGAACAUUUAAGAUUUUCAGCAUUAAAUGUCAAGCUCAAAUACAGCUGUAUUUACUCCUCCAAAUAGACAAAGAAUCAGCUCGCUUUCCUAUUCUAUACCUGUGUGAUAGUGCAGUGAUAAGGAAUGCAGAUAGGACAGUUUUUUUGCAACUAACAUGUAAACAGUUCUGUGAGUUCUUUGCAUUUCUCCUGCUCUAAGGCUUUUUUUCCCCAACUUCAGAUUGGAAAAGAAUUUUUUGUGUGUGUGUGCGUGCGUGUGUUUGUUUUUGUUAGGUUGUUUUUGUCUGCAAGUAUUGUUGGAACUUAAUGUCAGAGUCUGAAGGCCUCUGCUUCCACUAAAAACGAAACCUUUGGAUAUUCAUGUUUUGUGCCUGCCAGCUUCCCAGAAAACCUGCUCAUUUGCAUGAUCAGUUUCCAAACUCUGACUUAAAGGCUUGUGGCCAGACACACUGUUCUUACUGCUUUGUGCAAUGUUCCCAACUUGUUCAUACCUUCCUUAUGCUGUUAUGUGGUGAUAAAAUAAGCCUUUUCUCAAUGACAUCACUGAUACAGGUCUUAAACCAGCAUUUAUUGACAGUGUUUCAGGUCAUGUACUGUCUGCUUGCACUCCGUUUUCCUUUUGUGUUCCCAGAAAUUCAGCCACAAGCACCCAUCCCACAAUGUGUAUGAGUGGUGACUGCUGCUGUUGGGUUUUCCCUGUCAGUUCACAGAGCACCGCAUAGCCAGGCUUUUCCGCUUAGAUCCCAUCCUUCCUUGCCCAAGGCUUCAAAAUAUUGUGUGUGUUUGUGGUACUACCUUCAGUCUUCAACCACAGUUUGAAGCAUAUUUUUGUAAUUAUUUUUAGUACUGCUCAUCUAUAAUCUGCAUGGAAGUCCAUGUAUAUCUAGUUUAUCCCUUUGCUGUAGUACUUUAGAUUUUAGUAUUCAUCCAUCCAUAUAUAUCAAACACUUGAUGCGUGUCCCUCACACUAUGUGGAUUCCUCUGGGGCAGGUACUGUCUGCAAGAGGAAAAUAAGGGAUCAGCCAUAGUUCAUUGUAAGAGGAUUAUAGAAUUUGUAUCCCUCUGGAAGCUCAUAAGAUGCCUUGGGCAGCUGAUCGCUCAAAGGCACCAAAAAAGCUGGUGUCCAAAGGCGGCAAAUUGCAGAUUACUUUCCAAAAGGCGUACACUGAACUUGUUUGCUUUAAUGUACUGCUGGUUUGGUUUAGGGUGCCUGCUUGCUGGGAGCUAAAGAUGCUGUUAGGUAAUAGAAGCAAGAUGCAAUCCCCUCUCUUUGCACAGACGUCCACCACUGUAUGCCUUUUUUAUGUGGUGCUACUAAUGAGUAAUUGCUAGGGUACAGCAAAUCUCAGUUCAGAAAAGUUGGGGGACAGGGGGUGUCCCUGUGCAUGGAAGAUGAAUACCAGGUUGUAGCUCACUAAGGCAGAUUUGUAUGACCAAUAGUUUCAGAAAAAGAAAUCUGAAGCAUGACUAGUAAUGAGCAAAAGGGAUGCAGACAGCUCUUAGCAGAGGAAUGCAGGUUUUCCUACAGCACAAAUGGGAAGGGAAAAAAAUAUUACCGAGGAUAUAGUUCCAUUAGUAGUCUUAAAGCCUCUUUAUUUGGGGCCUGGAGUUUGACUAAUUGUGUCUUCCUAAUGGUGUUCUUCAUUUGUAAAUAUCUGAACAAUUUGACAAAUGGACUUCUACCUGUUCCUGUUCUUCUUCCCUGCAUUAUUCAGUAGGGGGCAUGGGGCAGAAGCUUUGGCUUUCUGAGCUUAAGAACAGGAAAGAGGUAAGUUAGUCAUAUGCAAACAAAACCAAAUCCUUUUAUCAGCACCUGAAUAUUGUGAAAUAACAUCAGUGAUUGAUAUUGUAGCUCUGGGAACCAAUGUACUGUGAUGGCAGGGAGGACCUGGCAGUGCAAAUACUUAAGGUCUUGUGUUUGAGCAAUGUAAUGUAAGUUGAAGCAAUGCCAUGACUUUGUGUAAGUAAUGCAAGCCUUUGGUGUCCUGUGAGACUUCUCUACUAACUCAUCAACUGAGGCAUCCAACUGAUAACUAAGAUGUAAUAUUUUUGCAAUUAUGCUGAUAUUUAUUGGUAUAUAGUAAUUCUAGUAGGUGAGAAUCUACUUGUUAAAUGUGCAAAGAUGAGUUUACCUUGAAAGAUCAAAACUAUCCUUUUUUAUCUUCUUUGCUUAUACUACCAAGCCAUGAAAUUGUCAUACACUUUAAUAAACUUGUAAUUUAUUUUAAAAAGACC